CAUGCACUCUAUGGCAGUGUUUGUGAACAAAGCAGACAUUUUGGUGUUGGAAGCGGUCUAUAGAUUGCAUGAAUGGAUCAUCUCUUGAGGUGUUUGUAUUGAUGAGUGACGCGACACACGACCGGAUCCCACCACAAGACAGUCCAAUCACUUCUGUAUGUGGCGUCGAGUCGAGUGAAAUGCUGGAGAAGAAGGGCGUGAGUCCUCUUCAGUGCCAAAGUGGGGGCGCGAGUGGUGUGAGCGGUGGUGGCGGCGGAGGACCCGCUUCUGGCGCCGCGACAGCCGUCAACGACACGAACAAUGGGUUGGAGCCGAAGAGGUGCAGCGGUUCCAAGGGGUCGACGAGUGUGUCGUCCAACAGUGCUUCCAGUAGUGGUCCCAACACUCCCAGCGACCCAAUGAUGGCCCCCUUGACUGCCACACAAGACUUUGUGAUAAUUAAAAGUGAGGAUCAAAUGCCUCCUUCUGUGGCCGCAAAUCAUUGCGAUUCCAAAAGUAAACUCAAUGUCGAGACACAACUCAGGAGUAAUCACAUGAUUGACACGAAGCCAAACAUGAAUACAUUGAAUGCAAGUGUGAAUACGUGUGGCAAUAGAGACAACGCAGGCAUGAAAUGCAGAGAUAAUAUCAUGUCUUGUGGUGCGAACGGUGUCCUCAACGGACCACUUAAUGGUCCCCUCAAUGGCAUGAAUUGUAUGGACAAUACCUCUCCGCACAACCUCCUCAAUGACGAUAAGUUAACAAGUUUUCCAAAUGAGUUUGGAAUCCGAGUGCCAGUGCCAACCGGUGGUAACCUAUCAGUGCCAGGUGAUUUACCGCCGUUUCCCCUAAUGUCACAACCAAUGAACAGCCGGAUGAGACCGCGCGGACCCUGUGGUCCACCCCCAGCCCAGGGACUACGUAUGCCUAUGAAUGCCCUUCACUCGCAACCGCACAAUAAUUUGCAUCAAAUGGUGGCCAACAAUCAGAAUAUGGCACCCAAUCAGAAAUCUUCGAUGACAAUGGAGUCCCAGUAUAUGCAACAACAGAGUCAGAUAUUCGUGUUCAACACACAACUGGCCAACGAUGCGGCCGAGGCUGUGGACAACGGCUCGUUCCCGUCCAUCAUUGAGUACCACUGCGGCAAUCCCGACACCAAACGGCUUCUCGAGAAGUUCCCACUGAAGGCGCCCCUCAAUCGGAACAACUGUUCGCCCGUUUGGCUCAAUAACAUGUCUCAAGUAAAACAGGGCGGAAGGGGUCUUAAGCCCAAUAUGUCGACCGCACAGCCUAUGCACCCGUCACUCAUGAAGAACUCGUUCGGUCAGCCCCGAGAGGCACAUCCAGUUUCAUGCACCGGUCCCUGCAAUAUGCAAAACUCAUCGGGUGUUACAUCAGGUCCUGGUCCUGGAGGUGGACUUCCUAACAAUUGGUCAAACAAUAUGAACCCAAUGUGUUCUAAUCCUAAUGCCAGCCCUAACUGGUCGGCACCACAACAGCCAAUGUUUGCUCAAAAUUCUGAAAUGAAUUCAAAUAACGUAUUCACUAACUCUCCAGUCGGUGCCAAUGGGCCCAACGGUAGGGGUUGUGUGCCAUUUGGAGCCAAUAAUUUCCCACCAAAUCCUCAAAUGUUUAACAACUCACCGAAUCCAGGGAUGGGAGGCCCACCACAACAGUCCGAAAUACCGGACGAGUCGUUGACUCUCGAGCAGAGACAGAACCGGGAGAAGAAGUUGGCGUUAAUCCGGUCGAUGCAACAGCAACUGUGCCCUGAAAUGAUGGAACCAUCGCCUAUGGGGCAUAUGAUACGAAUGCCGGCCCCCAAUCAGCCUAUGAACGCACCAGACUUUAUGAAUGACCCGAACAAUAUGUAUGCCAUGUCAGAGUCAGACCCGAUGGCCAAUACUGACCCCCACAUGAAUAACAUGACUCCGUCCAGAAUGAUAGCCAAUCCUAACAACAAUACUCAGACCCUUUCAUCAAUGCCUCCCACUUCGGGAACGACACCUCUUGAGUGGCAAAAAGCCAACUUUAUGGACGAUCGGAGGCGUAAACCCCCAGCCAGUGGACAGGGAGUCCACAACACUAAUAAUAAUUCAGUGCCAAUUUCGCAUCAGUCGCCACUAUCCCAGCCCUCAUCAACGCUUAAUAGUCCCAACCCUUGCAUAUCACAGAGUCCUGGCAGUCGGAUCCCUCCCCCGCCUUACAAUCAAGGCAUCCGUUCCCACUCGAGUCCACACCCGGCCUCUCCAGUGACCGGAUCGCUGCCAUUGUCUUCACCGCGAAUGCAAUCCCCUGUCGACGGUUCCGGACAACAGUUCACUUCUGGAGGCCAGUCACGAGUGAGCCAUACGAGUCCAGGUCCGGCCACUCCCUCUGCCGAUAGUAACAGUAGUAUGUCUGGAGCGGGAGUCCAUUGGAAACAAAUGACUGUGUCUUCAGCGCAGAACACCAUACCGUCCACAACCUCUUCAUCGGCCGUCAAAAACAGCGGUCGAUCCCAAGCGUCGACUAAUGCUCCGAAUAUUCGGGCAAACACUCCGUCCAGUAUAGCUCCCAGUUCUAGCCCUUCGAGUGUUAAAAAGCUGCCAAAUCUGAUGACCCAAAGCCAGAGGGCAAUGGGUCCCGACUGUUCCGAUCUACUCAUCAAUUCGAUGCCCAACUCUGGUGUCGACCCCAAUCGACCGCAUCAUCUAAACGACGUGCCAUUAAUGGGACCGACAGUUGCGACCAAUUGUUCGUCGCCUUUCAUUUGCAAUAAACCAGAAGCGGCUCUAAUGCCGGUGCCAUCCCCUCAACAAAUCCAAUACUUAAACACAUUUGAAGGACAAGAGCUUACAAUUCAGAAACAGCCCAACACUAGCUUAAGAGAUACUGACCUCAUAUCCCAUGCCUCUGAUCUCGACAUUGGCUUCAAUAAUGAGUUCACUAAUAGUUGUCAACCCUUUGUCUCGAAUGAACGGUUGCCUAACUUCCCGAUAAUGGAUGGCAUGAACCCUAGGUUUGCAUCGAAUGCCCAGAAUAUGUCUGGAAAUCAGUUCGAUUUGAACCCGAGGUUUAUGACGGCCGACAAUAACCAAAGAUUUGGGGGUCAGGUCUUUGAUGGACAGACACCUCGAAUGCUAAACUCACACGAAAGUCAAUUCAGACCCCAGAAUAUGUUAUGUAUGCCUUACGGACAGAUGGAUAACAAUCUAAUGCGGUUUAACUCUCCCUGUGAUAACAUUAUGCCCCCCAGAGUUAGGGGGCCCUCCGAUAUGGUGUCCAAUCGAUUUGCACAUCACUCUAACGAUAACAUGCAAUCACCGCAACACUUCAACCCCUCCAUGUCUGGCAUGAAUAGUAGCGAACAAAUGAAUUUAAUGCCGUUCCCCGGCAACCAGUCAUCCGGUGCCCAAUGUAUGAGUGCUGUCAAUAGUUUCAACACUCAGAUGGAGAGCGGGUUUAGUUCAUCGCCUCUGCAGAACCUCCAGAAGAUGACCCCUCCCUAUGAUAUCGGACCCCCGAGCAAAGUGGACAGAAUGAUAUCCAACGGCGCUCUAACGCACAGCCAUAACCCCAAUGGUUCUAUGAGUUCAGUGUCACAAACGCAGCGAACAAACAAUUUUGAUCCCAUCUCUUCCAUCCAAUCCAUGGCAGCGAUGGGCGAACCAAAUGUUAACAAUCCUAUGAAUGGGCCCAACAUUAUGACCGGCCCUUCAAUGAACAUGUCAUCCAUUCAAAUGGCAGCUAACGGUCCGCCACCAGGGCCUCCAAAUAUGGUUAACUUUCACACAUCCAUGUCGUCAAUGCAGGGAAUCCAACAGAAUAUGAGUGGAGAGACUAUUAACGGCGGAAUACAGGGUCAGUACCCUAUGGGCCAAAUGAACCCUAACAUGACUGGAGGCCCCCAAACGGUCAACAAUACAUACGUGAACGCAACUAUGUCUAUACAACAGCUCAACAUCCAGAACCUCCCAAACCAUAACUUCAACCCCAACUUAGACCCCCCGCCCAACAUGAAUGUGCCACAAAACCUACCCAUUAGUGGUGGACCCCCACCAGGGCCCCCCAUGCAAAUGAUGCCAACGAAUACAUCAGCUAAAAUGGGUUCCAAUUUUGGGCCGCGAAUGGGUGGGCACACCAGUGGACCUAACUUUGCGGGUCAGCAAAUGAAUGCCAACCCGCGGGGUAUGAAUCCAAUGGCAUUUCAACAACAAAACCCCCAAAUGAUGCGCUGUUCGUACAACUCGCCCAACAUUCAGAUCAAACCGGACGCCCCCAACACUAUCCAAUACCUGCCACCGAGACAACAGAACCCCAAUGUGGGUGUCGGGCCGGGUGGACCGGGAGGUGGGGGUAAUCGGCCGCCGUCGCUAAUGUUUCUACAGCGGUGCGAACCCCCGCUCACAAACCUGGGCAACAAACUGCCCACUCAUAACCUCCAGUACUUCCCAAACAAUAGCGCCAAUAACAUGAACUUCACACGACCUCCUAAUAUGAACAAUAUGAACAUAUCGCUUACAGACAAGACAUCAAACAAUUACUACGACUUCACACACGCCGGCACUCAAUACGGGACAACCUAUACUCCCGUCCCCACAACCCCUUAUGCAAUGACUGCACAAAUGUAUGGCACGUCGGUGCGAAGUCCUUACGAAACCGGUGUCGAGGAAUGGCUACUCGAAGAGCACAACGAUAUGAUCGCUGACAACCAUGACAUCGACGAUAUGUCACAGAUGUUUGGUCGCGAAGUGGGCGCAGACGUAGAGGCGGACACUCGGGCGAUGGUCGAGAAGAUGACAGCCGUGUGGCUGCAGAUGGGACUCAACACGACUGAAAUGGCGGACCGCAUGAAAGAGAUGCGCGAAAUCCACGCGACGGCCAAUCGGAACGCUCUGAAGACGGAGUCGUCGGCACUCCAGAGACUCAUUGAAUACAAUGAUAUGAAACUGAUUAAAAUCAAUGGCAUUCUCGCGGAUCUGACGCUCCCGUCGUUUACGGCGCCCACAGAUGUGUCACUUAAACAAAUCGGAAGAAUACUGGUUUACAAACACAACGAAUUGGAGGCUCUGAAGAGGGAACGACUGAACCAAUUGACUAAAGUGCGCAAAGAACUCGAGGAAUGGUAUGGGAAGUGCUACACAUCUGAUGUUCAAAGAGACAAAUUCCAGGUGUUUUUGGAUUCGACCGAAUUUACAGAAGAACUGCUCGAAUGUCACGAAAACGAAUUGCGAAGACUUAGGACAUACUUCCAGGAGUGCGAAGUGAUGUUCGAUAAGUUGGAGGAAUGGCAUAACCAUUGGGACAGAUAUAAAGAGCUCGAGAACAAAGUUAAUGAUCCCAACAAAGGCAGCGCUCUUUGGGCUGAAAAACGCGAGAAAAACGUUAUUAAGAAAAAGUUACCAAAAAUUGAAAACAUUUUGAAGAAAUUCAGUAAAGACCGACACCAACAGAAUUCUGAAUACUUCCAAGUGUUUGGUAUUCCUGUGAAGCAGUACUUAGAGAACCAAAAGAUGGAAUACCAGGACAUGAAGGAGAAUGAGAAGAAAGUGAAACAACGACUCAAACAUAUGGAUGAGAAUGGACUCACAAAAGGCCCCAAAUCGACGCCUGUCUGUGGGAUUGUUGUCCGCAAGACUCCCGUUAAGAGAGCCUUCACUCCCCUCUCGGAAGGACCUAACAGUGACUCCAAUAGCAAAGUCCGCCGAAUGGGCGCCCCUUUGACGCCAUCGCGUAUUAAUAAUGACAUAAACCGUCACAACAAUAGACCAGUUGUUGCGCAAAAACCCGUUCCCAGAGCCCGCGCCCGCAAUCUCGAGAAACAGAUGAACCAAAUGUUGGAAAACAAUGUCGAGACCUCUGUCCUCAGCAUCAAUGAAGACCAGUUUCUGGCGCCGCUCACAGAGAGGGAUAACGCGAACUCCACUUUCAUUAGUUGUUCGCAGAGACCACUAACGCCUGACCGCAGGAAUGUCACCAAAAGGCGUGAAUUCAAAGACAAGCCAAUGACUCGCCGGAUGUCUCGCAGUUGCAACGACUUGUCCGAAGCCAUCACCAAAAAGAUGCAAAUAAGUAAUACCAGACAUUUGGCGACUGCCAGAAGCACACCCUCAUCACCACAACCUAAGAGCUCGUAUGGCAUAACUCCGAGUCGAUUACCGUGUCCCGUCAAUCACGACCGCCUCACCCCUCCCGUGCCCUCCAAACGCUUUAUCAACGAAUUUAUUAACGAUUUCCCAUUCAUUGCGUCCAAUCCGUCGACAUCGAGAUUGACUACAACUAUAACACGAGUUUUGGCCGAAAAUGAUUCAAAUGAUUAA